UCACUGUGGGUGUGUGUGUAUGUGUUGUUCAGUGUAUCAGGAUUCAGGGUAUCGUUUAGUCGCGCCUUCUCGGCUAGAGCACUCUUACUUAUUUAUUUUUGUUUCUGUAUUUAGUUGACUAUUUCAUCAAAAUUAAACAAAAUAGUUUUUCUAAAUUACACUUCCCAAAAUUUCGAAAAAAAACCGUACAAUUUUAGCACUUUAAUGACAUUCAUUUCGCGGUUCGCAAUUCGAACGUCUGCCACACUGCAGAUGUUGCUGCCACGGGUUGAUUCUGCUAAGUUCUCCAACACUGCCAAUUCAAAAAAUGAAAAUAAAUCUGAGGUAGUGCUGGAUCGCGGGCCGUUCUCCUCGCAAUUGGACUAUCAAUCUCGCAUAAAAUUUAAUUCGCCCGCUUUGGGAUAUCCGUUAAGCGGCAUCAUAUGCACUAUCGGGCCUGCUUCCAAUAAUGAAAAAGUGAUGCUAAAACUAAUUGAAGCCGGCAUGCGAGUUGUCCGAUUAAACUUCUCACAUGGCUCAUACGAGGAGCAUUACGCAGCAAUACAAGCGGCUAGAGAGGCUAUCAUGGCCUAUACGAGAAAGAUUGGAGUAUACAAACCUGUGGCUAUUGCAUUGGAUACCAAGGGACCGGAAAUACGUACGGGUCAGUUAUCAGGCAGCGAAACUGCAGAAGUUGAUAUUAAGCAAGGUGAUCAAAUCAAGCUAUCCACCCAAAAGGACAUGGAGACCAAAGGCAGCAAAGAUUCCAUAUACGUAGACUAUAAACAGCUGCCAAAGAUAGUUAAGAAAGGAAACUUAAUAUUUAUUGAUGAUGGGCAGAUCUCGCUGCGAGUUAAGGAGAUGACUGACUCAGAAGUUACUUGCGAGAUUGUAAACGGCGGAAAAUUGGGAUCUCGAAAAGGUGUGAACCUUCCGGGUAUCCCUGUCGAUUUGCCAUCUGUUUCGGAAAAGGAUAAAAAAGAUUUACUAUUUGGUGUUGAGAAUGAUGUGGACAUGAUCUUUGCAUCUUUUAUACGAAAUGCCGAGGCCAUCAAAGACAUUCGUGAAGUGCUGGGACCGAAUGGAAAACACAUUAAAAUCAUAUCGAAAAUUGAGAAUCAACAGGGCAUGCAUAAUAUUGAUGACAUCAUUAAUGCUUCUGACGGAAUCAUGGUGGCUCGCGGUGAUCUUGGCAUCGAGAUCUUGACUGAGGAAGUUGUACUGGCCCAAAAGGCGAUAAUAGCCAAAUGCAACAAGGUUGGAAAGCCCGUAAUAUGUGCCACUCAGAUGCUGGAUUCAAUGCAAGGCAGGCCACGACCAACGCGUGCCGAAGCUUCUGAUGUUGCCAAUGCCAUAUUUGAUGGAGCCGACUGUGUUAUGCUAUCCGGUGAAACGGCCAAAGGCAAAUACCCGAUGGAAUGUGUCAAGUGCAUGGCGAAAAUUUGUGCUAAGGUGGAAAAUGUUUUAUGGUAUGACAGAUUACAAAACGAGGUAAGGAGCUAUAUGAAAUCUUCUUCACCCGACAACAUUUCCGCGAUUGCUGCCGGGAUAAGUGAGAUCGCUUCAACGGGUGAAGCCAGUGCUAUAGUUAUAGCGAGCCCAUGUCCGAUUGUGCCUAAUUUAAUAAGUCAAUUUCGACCCAGAUGCCCGAUUGUUUUUCUCACUGGUGAACGCAGGGUAGCACGUCAGUCGAAUAUUUAUCGCGGUAUCUACCCGAUCGUGCCAGAGAUAAUGUCCCAUGGUUGCGAAGAUUUUAAAUCUAUUCUAGCUAUUGGAUUACAGAAUAUGGCUAAGAUGAAAAUCGUGGAUCUAAGUAAACCUACGACACUUAUGAUAGUAAAUGCCUUACAAGCAGAGAGGAUAAUAUUCCGCUUAAUGUUCACAAAAUAAAAAAAAAAGUAAAAAUGAAAAUCCGAAUAAGUUUCCCAUGCG